CGGCGCUGAGGGCGCUGAGGGCGCUGAGGGCGGGCCCGCCCGGGCCGCCCCUCUGCGGGCGGGAAGCGCCGCUCCGCCCCGCGCGCCAUGGCGCUGUCCCAGCCCGGGCCGCGGGAGCCCGAGCAGCCGUCACCGCACACCCGGCAGCCGCCGCAGGACUCCCUUCCGGCCGACCCCGCCGAGCCGCGAUCGCCUCCGCAGGAGUCCCCCUCGUCGGGCCCCGCCGAGCCCCAUUCGCCCCCCCAGGAGCCGCUCCCGGCGGACCCCGCCGAGCCCCGUUCGCCCCCGCAGGGAUCUCCCUUGGACCCCGCCGAGCCCCGUUCGCCCCCGCAGGGAUCUCCCUUGGACCCCGCCGAGCCCCGUUCGCCCCUUCAGGAGCCGCUCCCGGCGGGCCCCGCCGAGUCCCAUUCGCCCCCGCAGGGCUCUCCCUUGGCGGGUCCCGCCGAGCCCCGUUCGCCCCCGCAGGAGUCCCCCUCGUCGGGCCCCGCGGAGCGCGGGCCGAGCGCGGCCCCGGGGCCGUGCCGGCGGCAGCUGCGGGUGCUGCUGACGCCGCUGCCCGCGGGGGCCUGGCCGCGGCCGCAGAAGCGGCUGCGGAGCCCCGGCAGGACCCGCGCCCCGGCCGGCAAGAGGCCGUGCCCAGAGCCCGAGAGCGGCCCCGGAGACCCCCCCGGCUCCCCGCCCGGCCCCAGCGCGGCUGCCCGCGGCCAGGACGGGCUGUGGGAUGCGGAGAGCGACGGCAGCGACGGCAGCGACGGGGGAGACGCGGCUCUGGAUGGAUAUUCCCACCUAUCAGCCUACGAAAGGAAAAGACUAAAGAACAUUACAGCAAGUGCAAAAUUCUUUGCUGCUCUAAAGCUGCAUAAGUCAGCUGCAAGACUUAAACAACUUACAACUAAAAGGCAGUCUCAUGUCACCAAAAGAGCCAAGCCUAAGAAGGUGGAGGAUGAGCCAGCCCAGCGACGGCGAUCCAUGCGCCUGCUCAGGGUGGAGCCGCUGGACAUUCCCUUGGUGGAGACGCUUGCCCCGGCAGCGGCAGAGGAAUACCCUCAGGUUCCAGCUGGACCUUUGCCCAUGGUUCCCGAGGAUCAGGCAGAGAACAGUAAAUGGACAGAGGCCUUACUGAGCACAUGGAUGAGGAUAAGUGAGCUGAAAGCGGAAGAUGCCGAGAAGGACACACCUGACAUAAAGAGGUACCAGGAGAGCCUGAGCAGCAUGGUGCUGAGCGAGGAGAACAUCAGGAAGGUCGUGAAAGCCCGGGUGUGUUCCAUGGCCAUCCACCCUUCCGAGAGCACCAUCCUCGUGGCAGCUGGAGACAAGUGGGGCCACGUUGGCCUCUGGAAUGUGAGCUGCGGCACUGAGGACGGAGCCCACCUCUUCAUCCCCCACAGCUUCCAGGUCAACUGCAUGCACUUCUCUCCCUGCAACCCUGCUCACUUGCUGUCCCUCAGCAAUGACACUCUGCGCUGCGGCGAUGUCACCAGGGCUGUCUUUGAUGAGAUCUGCAGGACUGAGGCAGAGUUCUCCUGCUUUGACUUCCUGGAAGAGAAUGCCUGCACUGCCAUAGUGAGCCACUGGCGUGGGGACGUGGCUGUCGUGGACAGACGGACCCCGGGGCAGUCCUGGGAGCUCUCUGCGGACAUUGGCUUCACGAGGACACGGACAGUGCACGUGCACCCCCUGAACAGGCAGUAUUUCCUGGCUGCUGGCUCAGUGGACGUUCGUGUCUUCGAUGUUCGGUACCUGAAGGCCAAGGGCAACAAGGCCCUGAGCUCUCUCACAGGACACACCAAGAGCGUGGCCUCGGCCUAUUUCUCACCUCUCACUGGGAGCAGGGUGGUGACAGUGUGUGCUGAUGACAGGCUGAGGGUCUACGACACGACGUCCUUGUCACCCACUGUCACUCUGCUCAGCUCCGUCAGACACAACAACAACACGGGCCGCUGGCUGACACGCUUCAGGGCCGUCUGGGACCCCAAGCAGGAGCACUGCUUCCUGGUGGGCAGCAUGGCACAGCCCAGGCAGAUCCAGGUCUUCCAGGACACCGGGAAUUUGCUGCACUCCUUCUGCAACGUGGACUGCCUCAGCUCCGUGUGCUCCAUCAACGUGGUCCACCCCAGCCAGAACAUCCUGGUGGGAGGCAACUCCAGUGGCCGCCUCCACGUGUUCAAAUAGAAGUGCCUUAGAUCUUUAUUUUUUACCUUUCUGCAUUGACUUUGUUUAUUCCAUACUGAGCAGUUCCGAAGCUGACUGUUGUUCCUCAGGACAGAAAUGUACUUUGAAAGUCUUAAAAUAAAUAGUUCAAGCCACCUUCCA